AAGAGCUAGCUGCGCGUUUUCGGGAAAGCCCUUCACCUCCACCUGAUGGCAGCAUCACGCAGCCCCUACACACGGGUGCGUGGGAGUUCCCCGCUUCGCCAUGUCGGGGUGGUGCAACGCGCUGAAAGGGUCUCCCGAGCGCGCGCGCUCUCUCUCCUUUCUCUCCACCGCCUCUACCCCAUCAGCUCCAUCCUCCCCCUCACGAUAGUCUCAACAGCAGCAGCAGCAGCAGCAUCGUCCUCCUCCACCCUCUCUAGGCAGCAGCAGCAUCCGGCGGUGAGACACGGAGGAGACGCAUCCGAGUGAUGCCACUGCACCAACCGCAUCUCGCCACCGCGAAAAUACGCCAAGCAUAAAGCGCUUCUUUUGCGAGGACGGAGAAACACAUUCGCCUGGAGACAUCCACUGCCCAUGAAGAUGUCUAACGCUGACAUGGUCUUGAACUCCACCGAUCGGGUAGUGAAAUCCGUUCCCUUCCCCCUGAGUCAUCGUCUCACCAUGAAGGAGGUGUUUGACUGUGAGGGGAAACCAAGGGUGGAUCUACUGAAAGCCCACCUCACUAAAGAGGGCCGAGUGGAGGAGACCGUGGCCCUCCGAAUCGUAAACGAAGGGGCCUCUAUCUUACGACAGGAGAAGACCAUGCUGGACAUAGAGGCACCUGUCACAGUGUGCGGUGACAUCCAUGGGCAGUUCUUUGACCUGAUGAAACUGUUUGAGGUGGGAGGCUCUCCAGCCACCACACGAUACCUCUUCCUGGGCGACUAUGUGGACCGGGGUUACUUCAGUAUUGAGUGUGUUCUGUACCUCUGGUCACUGAAAAUGCUCUACCCAAAGACGCUAUUUUUACUGAGAGGAAAUCAUGAAUGUAGACAUUUGACAGAAUAUUUCACCUUCAAACAAGAAUGUAAAAUCAAGUAUUCAGAGCAGGUUUACGAUGCCUGUAUGGGCGCGUUUGACUGUCUGCCCUUGGCAGCUCUCAUGAACCAGCAGUUCCUGUGCGUCCACGGUGGCCUGUCCCCAGAAAUACAGACCUUAGAUGACAUAAAGAAGUUGGACCGGUUUAAGGAGCCCCCAGCAUUCGGGCCUAUGUGUGAUUUGCUUUGGUCCGAUCCCCUGGAGGACUUCGGCAAUGAAAAGAGCCAAGAGUACUUUAGCCACAACACAGUCAGAGGAUGCUCAUACUUCUACAGUUAUCCGGCUGUCUGUGACUUCCUACAGAAUAAUAACUUGUUAUCAAUCAUCCGAGCACACGAAGCACAAGAUGCAGGGUAUCGGAUGUACAGGAAGAGUCAGACUACUGGCUUCCCUUCCCUAAUUACCAUCUUCUCUGCACCAAACUACCUUGAUGUUUACAACAAUAAAGCUGCUGUUCUGAAGUAUGAGAACAAUGUAAUGAACAUCCGGCAGUUUAACUGCUCUCCUCAUCCUUACUGGCUGCCAAAUUUCAUGGAUGUCUUUACCUGGUCACUUCCAUUUGUGGGGGAGAAAGUCACGGAGAUGCUGGUAAAUGUGUUGAGCAUCUGUUCUGACGAUGAGCUGAUGAAUGAUGGAGACGAGAUCUUUGACGCCAAUGCAGCAGCUGCUCGGAAAGAGGUGAUUAGGAACAAGAUCCGUGCCAUUGGGAAGAUGGCCAAGAUGUUCUCUGUGCUCAGAGAGGAGAGUGAGAAUGUGUUGACCCUGAAGGGCCUGACCCCUACCGGCAUGCUGCCCAGCGGGGUGCUUUCUGGAGGCAAGCAGACUCUGCAGAGUGCAACCACCGAAGCCAUUGAAGCCAUCGAGACGGAUGAAGACGGAGAAGGUAAUUCCAGGACAUGUAUCUGGGCAUAAUCCAACAUAAGA